CAUUUUAGCUUUUGUUUUACACAAAUGGCUAUUUUGUUAAAAUAUUAAUUUUUUGAAACAUAAAUAUUGGUUAAAAUAUUACUUCUAUUUUUGUGGGCCUUUUGACUUUAUGAAUUUUUUCAUAAAUGGACUUUUUGGGCUGAGGGAUUUUUUAAAAGUUCCUAUCUAUUUGAGUUAUCUGUCAUCCGUUUCUUAUCUCUUCAAAGUUCCACUCAAGAAGUAGAAUGCACAAGUACAAGUAGAGCUUCUCCAAUGCAAGGGAAAUGCCUCUGUCUCCCAGACCCUUAUUGUGGUCAUUGUCUCCAUCCACUGCCGAGGGUGCCAAAGGAAAGUCAACAACUGAAUGCUGCACCCUUUCUUGAUUGAAAUGGAAAAGCUAUUCAAUGUUUCUAAAAUUGAAUUUUUUCUCUCUCUCAAAAGUGAAGAAAAGCCUUUCUUGUUGAAAUUCUUGAACGUGUAUUUUUUUUUCUUUGUUCGGUUGUUUUUUAACCACAUUUAUAAAAUACAUUCUUUCUAGCCUCUGGUGUAUUUGGUAAAUCAUAUUAUCUUUUUAAUUAAAAUUAAACUUAAAUAGAAAUGGUAUGAGUUACACCACCAUUCUGUAUUAUAUUGUAUUUACAGAGGUCACAGUUUAUGGUGAACAGAAGUGGAGAAAGGAAAAAUGGUGAGAAGUAACAGGGAUGGGCUCAACUCUCAAGACCUCGGAAGUAAUGGAUGAUGGAGAAGAGGAUUUUGUGGUAGAGGGUGGUGACGGAGGACAGUACAAGCAUAUGAAAGAAAAGAAGAUGCUUCUUGAUACAUAUUUAAUUAGUUUCUUCUUGAUGCAGAUUGCUGGAUUUCUUGCAUUUCUUGCAACUCCUCGUUUUCAAGAUAAUGCUAAGAUUGCAGGAUUUAUUGCAAGUUUGCAACUCCUCAAGCUCAAGAUAAUGCUAUGUGCAAGGUACUUCUCUAAUUGUUUUCUCUGUUUGAAGGCAGCAACUUAUUGUUCUUAUCAUUUUUUAACCUUGAGUGUCCUUAAAUCCUCUGGGUUGACAUUGCCUAUGAAACAAGUCUUGAUUGCUCAAACUUGAAAACCAUUUUAGUGUGUUGUUCAAGAUGUUCUUCAAAACCAUUUUUGGGUUAAACUAAACGUAAUGUAUUAUAUGAUAAGGAACUUCUUUUAGUGUUUACUAUUAUGUUGUACUCUUGAAAUAACGGAGAAACAAAUUAUAACAGAGCAGCUAUUGAAUAUAAAAAAGAAGGGUAUGAAAUAGCUCAAGAAAAAAAUUCUGGAAAUCAAUGUUUUGAAACUUUGAUUCUUGAAUUUGAGGUGAAUAAUUUCAGAGUAGCAAUUGAAUAUAACAAAGACAGAAACAUUAUGAGGAGUUUUUGUCCUCAAGGUAAAAAAAUUCUGAUAAAUGUAUUGAUAAUAUUAUUCUAUUAAUAUCUUUAUGUCAAAUAUUCCUCUAAUCUUUUUCCUUUCAUUUUUCCCUUUCUAAAUGAGUGGGAAG